AUCAAACCCACAUUAUUCGCAGCUACUCUUACAUCACGCAAGACAGGUAUAUUGAGUUUGGAGACAAAUACAGAGGAAGGUAGCAGAUCUGGCCUUUCAAUCUUCUAUCUCCACUGACACUUUUUUGCAGGUGUUCGUUCUCUCUCUCUCUCUCUCUCUCUCUCUCUCUCUCUCUCUCUCUCUCUCUCUCUCUCUCUCUGUGUGGAUUCCGAUUUGGUUUUCGAUUUUGAUGUAUGGUGUAUGUUGCUUAAUUUGCGAUCAAUUAUGCGGAUAUUAUUUACUCUCUUGUGUUGCAGGUAAAUCAAAUUCAACCUGUAUGUGGGUAUUAUUUAUUCCAAGUGAUGCAAUUUUGCAAAAAUUCCAAUCAAUGGAGCAGUAUUAUAGAUGCAAGCCUCAAACUGCCUGUAAUCACCACGUUUGUCCCAUCAAUGAUUUCUUUGAAUCAAGAUCAAUUAUUCAAAUGCCCACCCUCUUUGGAUGUGUUCUUGGAGAACUCAAUCUUUGUGCACCCAUUUUCAUGGGUUUAGGAUGAGAACCGACUCAUAGGCCUUCAUCCUGCUCUCUCAAUUGUUUGGUUCCAUAUAGAAAUCCCCAUUAGCGUCAAUACCCUGACAAUUUCUUGGAGAACUCCUCCAAUGGCAAAUGACUCUAAUUUUCUGGUCUUCAACACCUUCAAUCCUCAAACUCAAUGCAACUGCUCCUGAUUUUUUUUUCGAGGGGGAAAUCAGAUCUGUCAAUUUUUUCAGGUUUUGAUCGUUGUUUUCUCUAAAAUAAGAUCUAUCGGUUUUUGAUUGCAUAUUUGUUCUGGGGUUCAAAAGUCUGAUCUUUGAGAGUAAACGAGGGGAAAACGAUGAGAAAUAUAGCGUUAGGGUACAUUAGAUAUUUUGAAAAAUUUAGGGUCUCAGGUAAAUUUUAAAACAUAGGGUGAUACAAGAUAAUUUUCUUAUAAAUUAAUAAACAUUACGUUAAAUACCCAAGCAUCAAACCAUGUGUUUUUUUUUUUUUUUUUUGGAUAUUUUGAACCUUUUUACCUUUUUACCUUUAUACCUUACCAGUGGAUCGGUAUUGAUCUAAUCUCAAUUACUCUCGACCCAUCCAAUCCUAUGGUUCGACCAAUCCGAACUGAUGUUUAAGACCAUGAUCUGUUGUGAUCAGACGAUAUUACCCUUAUUUUUUUGAAAAAAUUAUUUGAUUACCCACUAAUGGGUUUGUCUUUACAUAAAUACUCAUGUUGUGUUUCACUCAAUAGAUUUACAUAAAAUAAGUUAUCGCAUUACAAAUAUACUCAAAAGAGUAUUUUCAUAUACUUUGUCCUUUGUAUACUUUUUUUUUUGUUAAGUUGUCCUUUGUAUACCUACGAAUUGGAUACAUUUAACUCAUUCACCUCUUACCCUCUUCUCUCCUUCACCACUUUUACUCCUUUCUUCGAACGAACUGACAUGAAACCAAAGAAUGCCACCAGAUCCGUAGGGCACCGCAACCAAAAUUGAAGAAAAGUUAAAGAAGAGGGGAGAGGGAGGGUUGGGUAAAGAUUCCAGCGAGAGCGAUUUGUGGAGGUUGUGAGUCAUGGGGGUUGAAUAGGUUUCAUGACUCGAUUUUGGGUGUGGUGGGUUUUGUGUGGUCAGUGUUUUUUCUCAUCCUCUGUCAUACGCAACCCAUUUGGAUUCUUGGUGGGUUGAGUUAGUUGCAGAGACUUAUAUAGCUUCUCCCUGUGGUGGCUAUUCAAAUAGGGGGUGGUGAUGGGUGGAGAGUUUGGUAUGUAUAGACUAGAGAGACAGAGAGAGCGGAGGAAGAAAAAUGGAAAGGGAGAUGAAAAACAAGAAGGGAAGGGCCUAACAACUGGUAGGCAUACGAUAGAAGGUAUAUGAAAAACACUAUUGUGGGUAUUUUUGUAAUACUAAAACUUGUUUUGGGUAAAUCCGUUUAACACAUAAAAUGGUUAAUUUUGUAAAAACGAAGCCAAUAAUGGGUAAUCACGUAAUUCUCCUUUUUUUUUUUUUUUUUCACUUGAUCCUUAGCGUUACCCCGAUAUAGGAUCGACAAGGAAUUACGAUCUCUAUCGAUAUCGAUCCGAAUCGGCCGAUCCGAUACCGAUUCCUCAAGCCACCAGGUUUGUAAUGUCAGACUAAACGUUGCCAAUUGGCAUGUGAGGGUGACGAAUUAAAUAUCGUUUCAAAGAAAUUGCAGAGUUGUGGAAGGAGAAGAAAGUACUUCGUGCGGUGAAGUUGUUGAGUUGGGGAAAAAUGGCGGAAUCUGCAACAGCGUCGUCGACAAGCGAUGCGAGUAAGCCGCUGCUAAGAGAAACAGAGAUGGUGGAAGGCGUCUUCGACUACAAAGGCCGUCCGGUUAACAGAUCCUAUACCGGCGGAUGGAGAUCUGCCGCCUGCAUUAUCGGAGUGGAGAUCGCGGAGAGGUUUGCGUAUUGUGGGAUAAGUUCAAACCUGAUAACCUACCUGACGGGGCCAUUACGGCAAUCGACGGUGACGGCAGCGGGGAAUGUGAACGCUUGGACUGGCGCUGCGUCGAUACUACCUCUCUUUGGAGCUUUCGUCGCCGACGCUUUUCUCGGUCGAUACCGUACAAUCCUCUUCGCUUCUCUCCUCUAUAUUCUUGGGCUAGGCUUGUUAACUCUGUUGGCAAUGCUUCCUUCUUUCAAUCCACCCAACUGUCAAGAUAACAACAGCAGCAGUUCUUGCCCUCCUGGAUUGCAAAUCAUCAUUUUCUUCUGCUCUCUAUAUCUGGUGGCUUUUGCACAAGGAGGGACCAAGCCGUGCGCACAAGCUUUUGGAGCAGAUCAGUUCGAUGCAAGAGAUCCAAAGGAAUGCACAUCCCGAAGUUCUUUUUUCAACUGGGGAUAUUGCGCAUUCAAUGCUGGUAGUCUUGUUUCGCUCACAAUUUUGAACUACAUACAAGACAACAUGAAUUGGGGUCUUGGCUUCGGAAUUCCAUGUGUUUCCAUGGUGUUCGCUCUUGUUGUCUUCCUUCUUGGGACCAAGACUUACCGCUAUAAUUUCAAGGAUGAUAAGGGUAGCCCAAUAAUGAGAAUCACCCGUGUGUUUUUUGUAGCAGCAAAGAAUUGGCAAGCCACCCCUUCAGCCUCCAUUUUUGAAGAGGAAGCAGGAGAAACUCAUCAUUCUCAUGGUGCUCGCCAAUACAGGUUUCUUGACAAAGCACUGAUUACUGCCUCAGACAGUCCAGGUGGUCCAAAGAAAAACCUGAUGGCCUGUAGCAUCAGUGAAGUGGAAGAAGCAAAGGCUGUAGUGAGAUUGGUUCCCAUAUGGGCAACAUGUUUAGUGUAUGCCAUUGUCUUUGUACAGUCAUCAACUUUUUUCAUAAAGCAGGGUGGAACAAUGGACAGAUCAAUAGGGUCAGGCUUCCAAAUACCGGCUGCAUCACUGCAAAGCUUCAUCAGCCUAUCCAUUAUUCUUUUCAUUCCUAUCUUUGAUCGUGUAAUCAUUCCAAUUUCCAGAGCUUUUACGAGGAAACCAUCUGGAAUAACAAUGCUCCAAAGAAUUGGAACUGGAAUGAUUCUAUCCGUGAUGUCUAUGGUGGUAGCAGCACUAGUUGAGAAGGUGAGGCUUAAAAUUUCCGUGAAUUCUGGGCUUGCAGAUAUACCAGAAGCAACGGUUCCAAUUAGUGUGUGGUGGCUAGUUCCUCAAUUUGUCCUGUUUGGAGUUUCUGAUGUCUUCACUAUGGUGGGUCUGCAAGAAUUUUUCUAUGAUCAGGUGCCAAAUGGGCUGCAAAGUGUAGGUCUUUCCCUCUAUCUCAGCAUCUUUGGCGUAGGGAGCUUCCUCAGCAGCUUUUUUAUCUCUGUUAUUCAGACGGCAACCAGUGGGAGUGGCGGAGACGGCUGGUUUUCAAACAAUCUCAAUCGAGCACAUCUUGAUUACUUCUAUUGGCUUCUUGCUGGGCUUACAAUGGAUGUUCCCUUAAUAAGAGACACCGUUAAAGGUGCCGUCGACUAUAAAGGCAGUCCGGCUAUCCGAUCGGAGACCGGAAAAUGGAGAUCUGCUGUUUUCAUCAUUGGAGUGGAGAUAGCAGAGAGGUUUUCUUAUUAUGGGGUUGCUUCCAACCUGAUCACCUACCUGACUGGGCCGCUGCAGCAGUCAACGGUGGUGGCCGCCGUGAACGUGAACACUUGGUCGGGGGUGGCAUCCAUGCUUCCUCUCUUGGGAGCUUUUGUUGCUGAUGCUUACCUGGGGAGAUAUCGGACUAUCCUCUUUGCUUCUCUCCUCUAUGUUUUGGGAUUGGGCUUGUUGACACUAUCAGCGGUGCUUCCUUCUUUCAAUUCACCUAAUUGUCAUGAUGACAGCACUAACACAACAUCUUGUGAACCACCUCAGCCCCAAAUCAUCUUCUUCUUCUGUUCUCUAUAUUUGAUGGCACUUGCACAAGGUGGGCACAAACCAUGCGUACAAGCUUUUGGUGGAGAUCAAUUUGAUGGAAGUAAUGAAGAGGAAAGCAAGUCCAAGAGCUCUUUCUUUAACUGGUGGUAUUUUGGAAUGUGUGGAGGUAUUGUAUGUACACACUUGAUCUUAAACUACAUUCAGGAUAACCUAAGUUGGGGUCUUGGAUUUGGAAUUCCAUGUAUUUGUAUGGUAGCUGCUCUUGCUGUUUUCUUGCUUGGAACCAAGACUUACAGGUACAGUAGUUUCAGUGAGGAUAAUGAUAAUCCAUUUGGAAGAAUUGGAAGAGUGUUUGUUGCUGCUGUGAGGAAUUGGAGAGUUACUAUUCCCUCAGUAUAUGUAGCCAUUGUUGAUGAGGAAGGAGAGAGUCUUCUCUUAAGUGGUGCUAGCCAAUUCAGGUUUCUUGACAAGGCAUUAGCUACUACAUCAGAAGAUUUCAAGAAAGGUUGGCUAGUGUGCAGUGUUAAUCAGGUAGAAGAAGCAAAGGCAUUACUAAGAUUGGUUCCAGUAUGGGCUACAUGUUUAGUAUAUGCAAUUGUGUAUUCACAGACCUCUACUUUCUUCACCAAGCAAGGAGCUACCAUGGACAGAAAGAUAGGAUCAAAGUUCCAGAUACCACCUGGUUCUCUCCAAACCUUCAUUAGCCUCUCUUCUGUUCUUUUCAUUCCAAUUUAUGUUCGCGUCCUCAUUCCAAUCACCCGAGCUAUUACCCAGAAACACUCCGGCAUAACAGUGCUUCAAAGAAUAGGUGUUGGAAUGGUUUUUUCUAUUAUCGCCAUGGUGGCCGCAGCGACAGUUGAGAGGAAAAGGCUUCAAACAGCCACUGAUUUCAAGAUAGUGGAUAUACCAGGAGCAACAGUUCCUAUGAGUAUUUGGUGGUUGCUUCCUCAAUACAUUUCGUUUGGAAUCGCUGAUUCCUUCACCAUGGUUGGUCUACAAGAAUUUUUCUAUGGUCAGAUGCCAGAUGGGUUGAGGAGUGUUGGUCUUGCCCUUUACCUCAGUAUCUUAGGUGUAGGAAGCUUUUUAAGUAGCUUUCUUGUCUCUGCCAUUGAGAAGACAACUGGUGGAGAUGGCCAGAAUAGUUGGUUCUCAAACAAUCUUAAUAGAGCUCACCUUGAUUACUUCUAUUGGCUUCUAGCUUGUCUUAGUGCUGUAGGGUUGGUUGUUUAUUUGUACUUUGCCAAAUCUUAUGUCUACAAGAGGGAAAGUAGAAUCUGAGCCUAUGAGCCUUUGGAGGAACAUUUAUCCUAGUAUAGUUGCUCAUAGUAGCAUCAGAUGUGUACAUUUAAUGUCAGUAUCACCAUUAAGGAAGUAUAGCAAUGUA